UCCCCACCACUUCGUUGGACGCUAAGGAACUUCGUCGUCACUAUUGUCGAUUUCGAUACACUCAAUUAUGCCCGAUCUGGCCACAGUACUUCCGACUUCGGCUUAGUGAGCAGUAGUUGUCUAUAGGAGUGCUAUUCUUGUAAAUUUUUCUACUCGGACUUUAAUACUACGAGUACAACACUAACAAUGGAUCAUCAAAUGUUUAAAAUAUACAAUCAGGAAGAUUUUAACCGAAUUACAAGAGGGAUCAAAGUUGCACAAUGUAUGCAAUCGCGGUCAUCAUCUGUUUCAGAAACAGAAAGAGUAUUAAAUCAACUUGAUGAUUUAGUUGUGUCAGAUUCAUUGUGUUGUUCAUUCUGCAAUACUAUAUUUGAAGACAAAGCUCAACAGAGACUUCACUAUAAAUUAGAUUGGCAUAGAUAUAAUUUGAAACAGCGUUUAAAUGGAUUGAAACCCAUUAGCGAAGAUAAAUUUAAUCUUUUAGCAGACGAAGGCGAUGUUUCGAGUCUAUCUGGGAGUGAUGUAGAGUCGGAAAAUGAAGAUGACCCGUAUAUCUUGGAGACAGGCAGUUCACCUAGUGGAAAUUAUGAUAGUAAAUGUAUUAUUAGUAAGAACAAAAAAAUAGAGAAGAAAGCAAGAGGCACAGAAUCAAUUUCUGAUAGUUCAGAUGCUGAAUGUUGCGACGAAACUAUAAAAGAAAAAAAACUUGAAACUUUGUUAGCCAUUGCGAGUCGUCAUUCCAAAGUCUUCUUUGAGAACGACGAUGGAAAUAUAUUUAGCAUAUAUAGGUGUUUACUUCAUAGCAAGAAGGAAAUUCCUGAGGUAGACAAUGAGAUGAUAGCUCAAGCAUUAAGCAGUGGGAGGAAAACUACAUGGACGGUUAUCAUGAUUGGUGGAGGACACUUUGCCGCAGCUGUAUUCCAGGAUGGAGAACCCGUUGUGCACAAAACAUUUCAUUCUUACACUGUACGAGCAAAGCAAGGAUUUGCUCAAAGUUCGCGUACAAUGUUAAAUACGAAAAGCGCUGGAUCUAGUUUGCGCCGUUAUAACGAAGCUUCCCUUCUUCAGCAUGUACAAGAUAUACUUGAAUCGUGGUCAUCUUAUGUUAAUAGUUCCUCUCUAAUUUUAUACAGAGCAGUUGGACCAUACAAUCGUACUGUAUUGUUUGGAGGAAAAAAUCCCCCUUUAGAUAAAAAUGAUUUAAGAUUAAGACCAUUGCCAUUUCCUACUCGUAGAGCAACAUUUAGCGAAGUUAAACGAGUGUAUGAUAUAUUGAGUACCAUGGAAAUUUAUGGUUCUGCGGCUGAUUUUACGGAUUCUUUUCCUAUUUCGCCGCGUCAACCACUUAGGAAGAAAGUUUCAAGAGUUGACGUAUCUAGUGAAAUGUUGGAAAAGAUAGAAAAUAAAGAUUAUGUUUCAAACGCUGCUAAUAAUGGGCGUAAUCUUCAAGACGGUGAUAAAAUUAAGGCAUCUGUACAAAGUUCUCCGGAAAGACAACAUAAAAAUUCACGAUCUCAUAUCAACAGAGCGAAACCAAGAAAGAGCCCAUGCCGCCCUUUACCCGAUAUUGUUGCUCGAUUGGCACAAUCAUCUUCGGAAUCAGAAUUAGAUAGCCAAUUAGGCACUGCUAAUAUUCCAUUGGACGUUUGUUUGACUGAACACGAAUUAGAAGUACAAUUCAAUGAACAUUUACUUGCUUUUCAAGACACCGUGCCGAGAUACAUGAAGAACAAGAAGGCUCGUCGACAAAGAAAGAAAUCAAAGAAAGAUGAUUAUACGAUGAACGAAGUUCUAGCUGGUGCCAGGAUUAAAUUAUGGUCUGCAUGCAAAUUGGGUGACAAUGAAAUGUUGUCGACUGUUAUCAACAGUUUAUUAAUAGAGGUAGAAAAGAAUAUAGAAUUGGAAGGGCAAAGUAAAGAAGAAGCAGCUAUCGAAGAUAAUUUGGUUAUAAGCAUGGACGAUGUGACAAAAUUAGUAAAUGAUCCUAACGAGGAUGGUAAUACGAUGUUACACGUGGUAGCUCUUGGUGGUCAUCUAAAAUUAGUGUGGCAAUUAUUAGAAAUUGGAUCUGAUCCAAAUCAUAAAAAUAAGAAGCUUCAAACUCCAUAUGCGGCCGCGAAUGACAAGGAAACUAGAAAUACUUUUAGAAGGUUUAUGGGUUCCAAUCCUCACAAGUUUAAUUAUAGUAAGUCUCAAAUACCUGGGCCACUUACCGAUGAAAUAGAACAAGAAGAAUUAGAAAAGAAGAAGCAACAAAGGAAAAUAAAACGAGAAAAGGAGAAAGUGAAAAGGAAAGAAUUUGAACUUAAGAAGCAAGAAGAAGAUGCGAAACAAAAAUUUCUUAGUCUCAGUGAUAAAGAAAAGAGAGUAUUAGCUGCUGAAAAACGUGUUUUAAAGCAAGAUUACACCGUGAUUUCACGAUGUUUCCAAUGUGCUGUAGAUAUGGCUGGUCAGAUUCCAUUCGAAUACAAUUUCAAUCGUUUCUGUUCAAUGCCGUGUCUGAAAGAACAUCGUCUCCAUAACAAGGUUGUUACUUGAUAGCAUAUUCUAUUUAAUACUAUAAUUAUCUUGUAAUUGUACAAACUAGCCUGAUCUUUCCAUCGUGUUCAAAUUACAAUAGUGAUAUAAUUUUUAUAAGGCUAGAUUUUAAAUAUACAAAUAAUUUUUAUCGAUGAUGAAACUUGCCAGAAAACCAGUUCAGUAGUUGCGAGGUAAUUAUGUAUGUAUUAUAAUCAGGUAAAUGUAAAAUGCGUUGUGGUUUUGCUGCAUUCAUAGUGCGCACAUACUGUUCAAUUUAAACAAAAUUUUUUGCAUGUAUUUUUCAAGUUUAUUAAAACAAAUUGUCAAACCUAAUUUCAUGUAAAUACAAGAAUUUUUAUAAUAGAUACACUUUG